AUGGGUCCCGUGGAGAGUGAAGAAGAUCUUCAAGAGUACCUUCGAAGUCCGGCUUCACCCCACGGCUUCAACUCGACAGAAGACUACGACAAAGCCCUAGCCAAGGCAAAAAGUAUCUUGGAAGUACCUCAUCGAGUGGUCUUUACCCAUGGAGAUUUCAAAGCUCACAAUAUCUUGAUUGAUUAUGAGGGCCAUCUUUCGGGCUUUCUUGACUGGGAAUCCGCAGGCUGGUGUCCUGAAUACUGGGAGUUCACCACUGCAAUGAGGUUUGGGAGGGGCAGUUGGUGGUAUCAAGUGGCUUCAUCUUUGGGCGGGAUUCAGUACCUUACGGAGCUGGAAUGUGACGUUGCAUUGAAUUCGUUAACUGUUGAUUCCUACAUUGGAAUGUGA